GCCAAAGUUUACCGGCAAAAUUCAAAGGCGCCUGUCCCUUUAGCUCAGUGUUCUCCCGCACGUCCCCAGAGACUGGUCAGCGAGGAACCGAGGAUGAGUCGCCGGGGUUUAGCCACCGGGUUGUGGCUCUGGUUGAUGGCCACGGCAGCAUGCGGAGAGAGCUCGAAUCGUUGGCAGCAGAAUGAUAAUACCUGUGAGGAGAAUAAAUUCUACAACUCAAAAGCAAGACGUUGCUGCUCCCUUUGUCCACCAGGAAAACAUCGACAACAAUCUUGCACUUCUAAAAAUGACACUGUCUGUAAACCCUGUCCACCCAGCAAGUACCAGGAGGAGUGGAAUGAUUCAUUCGACUGCACUCUCUGCGUUGGGACAUGCGGAGACCUUCAACAACAAGUUCAAAACUGUACCCCAAGGACAAGACAGAUCUGCGAGUGCAAACCUGGAAUGUUCUGCAAAACUGAGACCCUUAGCUCCUGCUUGCAAUGUGUUAAACACAGCAGUUGUGAGGCAGGAAAAUUCCUGGCUAAAGCAGGAACUGCCACAGCAGACAAUGUCUGCGAGUCCUGCCCUCCAGACACAUUCUCUGAUGGGAAGCCUCCUUCCACCAAGUGCUGGCCGCAUACCAAAUGUGCCAGAUUGUUUAAAGAAGGUACAGCCACCGAAGAUGCUGAGUGUGAGAAAACUGUCAGCUCGAUAACCAACAUCCUCCGGCCCAGCACCAACCGGUCCAACGCAUCUACCUCCGCACCAGUCAGGCCUUACCCCCAUUCCACCACCCCAAGGCUAGAUCACCUGACAACGUUGUCCAUUGCAGUCACUGCUCCCAAAGGAAACAAACAGGUAGUCAACCUACUGUUGAUAGUUGGAUUGGUCCUGGCCUUCCUACUGAUUCUGGUCGUCUCCAGUUUGCUGUUCAGCCGCAAGGACUAUUUCAAAAGUCUACUCUUAUCCAACAGAACUAAAGGUUCCAUCUACAUCAUGAGCCCACGCACUGUGUACGUCGGAGUGGAAUCCGGCGACUGUGUCAGCCCCGAUCAAAAAGAUCCCGUUGCCAAACCUCUGGACUCCCACAUUCACUUCCCUCAGCAGGAGUCAAUGAAGUCUCAGAGCACAGCAGAGACCCACACCUUCCCAGUGGAGGAGUCUGGGAAGGUUUUCCACGACCCAGUACCUGCAGGGGACACACAGCUGGACUAGUAGGGGCUUGUAUCAAUGUGCAAAGCAGCAAUGGUCCACCUGCAAGGAGCAAAGCUGCGUGUACAGAACCGGAGGUAGACAAAAAUGCUGGAGAAACUCAGCGGGUGAGGCAGCAUCUAUGGAGCGAAGGAAAUAGGCAACGUUUCGUGCCGAAACCCUACUACAGACACGGUUGUGAAUCUAUUGUUGCCAACGCCACCUAAUGGACGAAUGCAUAAAUACAAAAUGUGUCGGAAGUACCUGCAGAUGCUGGUUUACACCGAACAUAAACACAAAAUGCUCGAGCUGUCCCACACAAAUAAAAAAUGUCUUGAUUCUGGCAGCAAAUGUU